UGCCAUUGGCUCCCUGAUUCCACGGUCUUUUCUCUCUGCUGAGAGGACGCACUGUGACUCUGAGAACACACAGUCCAAAGUUACAACACACAGGUUCAGGCAGAGCCAGGCCACUCCCUCUGAAGUAGUCUACCGACUGAGGUGACUAUCGGGUUUGAUUCCACGAUGAUGAACACACAUGUGGUUAUGAGAGACGGGCGAGUGCUGUCAAGGGCGGAGUUCUUAUCGUUGCUGAACACGUACAACUGUUUUCUAAAAGACAAGACCCAACAGCAUCUUGUCUUCUGUGAGAGAGAUGAUGGAGAUGUGGUGUUUGAGGGUGUCCUGAAUAUCUCCUGGGGAGUACGGCAGCCCAUCAGGCUCAAAAUACAGGAUGACAAACAACAACCGUUCACCAGCCUACUGUCACCUGACCCAGUCAGUCCAAUCAGUCCUCAUGGAGGCAAGAGGGGGAUGACACGAUGGGGGGAGUUUGAAGACCUUCAUCAGAUCAAUGAGACAGAGGAGACCAACAAGCAGGAUCCUGUAGAGGAGACCAACAACCGCACUACAGGGAGCUACAGGAGUUAUGACAGCUGUACGCUGCGCCCCACCCCAACCAAGCAGAAGACGGAGGUGGAGGAGGAGCAGUCCAACCUGAUCCGCUGUGUGAGUGAUGCUUCCCUGGUGAAGAGGAGGGUGAAGAGGAGUCCACAGAGAGAGAGGAACAGGCUACACUGCUUCUCCAUCAAUGGACACUUCUAUAACUACAAGGCUUCGGUGGGGAUGGCGACCCACAGAAGAGCGUCUGCCGUCCUGCCGUCCUGCUGUCCUGCUGUCCUGCUGUGUGCUGUCCUGCUGUCCUGCUGUCCUGCUGUCCUGCUGUCCUGCUGUCCUGCUGUGUGCUGUCCUGCUGUCCUGCUGUGUGCUGUCCUGCUGUCCUGCUGUCCUGCUGUCCUGCUGUGUGCUGUCCUGCUGUCCUGCUGUGUGCUGUCCUGCUGUCCUGCUGUCCUGCUGUCCUGCUGUCCUGCUGUCCUGCUGUCCUGCUGUGUGCUGUCCUGCUGUGUGCUGUCCUGCUGUCCUGCUGUCCUGCUGUCCUGCUGUCCUGCUGUCCUGCUGUCCUGCUGUCCUGCUGUACUGCUGUGUGCUGUCCUGCUGUCCUGCUGUGUGCUGUCCUGCUGUCCUGCUGUGUGCUGUCCUGCUGUCCUGCUGUCCUGCUGUCCUGCUGUCCUGCUGUCCUGCUGUCCUGCUGUCCUGCUGUCCUGCUGUGUGCUGUCCUUCUGUGUGCUGUCCUGCUGUGUGCUGUCCUGCUGUCCUGCUGUCCUGCUGUCCUGCUGUCCUGCUGUCCUGCUGUCCUGCUGUCCUGCUGUGAUUCUGUCCUGCUGUCCUGCUGUCCUGCUGUGUGCUGUGUGCUGUCCUGCUGUCCUGCUGUCCUGUUGUCCUGCUGUGUGCUGUCCUGCUGUCCUGCUGUGUGCUGUGUGCUGUCCUGCUGUCCUGCUGUCCUACUGUCCUGCUGUGUGCUGUCCUGCUGUCCUGCUGUCCUGCUGUCCUGCUGUGUGCUGUCCUGCUGUCCUGCUGUCCUGCUGUGUGCUGUCCUGCUGUCCUGCUGUCUACUGUCCUGCUGUCCUGCUGUCCUGCUGUCCUGCUGUCCUGCUGUGUGCUGUCCUGCUGUCCUGCUGUCCUGCUGUCGUGCUGUCCUGCUGUCCUGCUGUCCUGCUGUCCUGCUGUGUGCUGUGUGCUGUCCUGCUGUCCUGCUGUCCUGCCGUCCUGCCGUCCUGCCGUCCUGCCGUCCUGCUGUGUGCUGUCCUGCUGUCCUGCUGUCCUGCUGUCCUGCUGUCCUGCUGUCCUGCUGUCCUGCUGUGUGCUGUCCUGCUGUCCUGCCGUCCUGCUGUGUGCUGUCCUGCUGUGUGCUGUCCUGCUGUCCUGCUGUCCUGCUGUCCUGCUGUCCUGCUGUGUGCUGUCCUGCUGUCCUGCUGUCCUGCUGUCUACUGUCCUGCUGUCCUGCUGUCCUGCUGUCCUGCUGUCCUGCUGUGUGCUGUCCUGCUGUCCUGCUGUCCUGCUGUCCUGCUGUCCUGCUGUCCUGCUGUCCUGCUGUCCUGCUGUCCUGCUGUGUGCUGUCCUGCUGUCCUGCUGUCCUGCUGUCCUGCUGUCCUGCUGUCUACUCUCCUGCUGUCCUGCUCUCCUGCUGUCCUGCUGUCCUGCUGUCCAGCUGUCCUGCUGUGUGCUGUCCUGCUGUCCUGCUGUCCUGCUGUCCUGCUGUCCUGCUGUCUACUGUCCUGCUGUCCUGCUCUCCUGCUGUCCUGCUGUCCUGCUGUCCAGCUGUCCUGCUGUCCUGCUGUCCUGCUGUGUGCUGUGUGCUGCUGUCCUGCUGUCCUGCUGUCCUGCUGUGUGCUGUCCUGCUGUCCUGCUGUGUGCUGUCCUGCUGUCCUGCUGUCCUGCUGUGUGCUGUCCUGCUGUCCUGCUGUGUGCUGUCCUGCUGUCCUGCUGUCCUGCUGUCCUGCUGUCCUGCUGUGUGCUGUCCUGCUGUCCUGCUGUCCUACUGUCCUGCUGUCCUGCUGUCCUGCUGUGUGCUGUCCUGCUGUCCUGCUGUGUGCUGUCCUGCUGUGUGAAGUCCUGCGGUCCUGCUGUCCUGCUGUCCUGCUGUGUGCUGUCCUGCUGUGUGCUGUCCUGCUGUCCUGCUGUCCUGCUGUGUGCUGUCCUGCUGUCCUGCUGUCCUGCUGUGUGCUGUCCUGCUGUCCUGCUGUCCUGCUGUCCUGCUGUCCUGCUGUGUGCUGUACUGCUGUCCUGCUGUCCUGCUGUCCUGCUGUCCUGCUGUCCUGCUGUGUGCUGUCCUGCUGUGUGCUGUCCUGCUGUGUGCUGUCCUUUUGUCCUGCUGUCCUGCUGUCCUGCUGUGUGCUGUCCUGCUGUCCUGCUCUCCUGCUCUGUGCUGUCCUGCUGUGUGCUGUCCUGCUGUCCUGCUGUCCUGCUGUGUGCUGUCCUGCUGUCCUGCUGUCCUGCUGUCCUGCUGUGUGCUGUCCUGCUGUCCUGCUGUCCUGCUGUCCUGCUGUCCUGCUGUCCUGCUGUGUGCUGUCCUGCUGUCCUGUUGUCCUGCUGUGUGCUGUCCUACUGUCCUGCUGUGUGCUGUCCUUCUGUCCUGCUAUCCUGCUGUGUGCUGUCCUGAUGUCCUGCUGUCCUGCUGUCCUGCUGUGUGCUGUCCUGCUGUCCUGCUGUCCUGCUGUCCUGCUGUGUGCUGUCCUGCUGUCCUGCUGUGUGCUGUCCUGCUGUCCUGCUGUCCUGCUGUCCUGCUGUCAUGCUGUCCUGCUGUGUGCUGUCCUGCUGUCCUGCUGUCCUGCUGUCCUGCUGUCCUGCUGUGUGCUGUCCUGCUGUCCUGCUGUGUGCUGUCCUGCUGUCCUGCUGUCCUGCUGUGUGCUGUCCUGCUGUCCUGCUGUCCUGCUGUGUGCUGUCCUGCUGUCCUACUGUCCUGCUGUCCUGCUGUCCUGCUGUGUGCUGUCCUGCUGUCCUGCUGUCCUGCUGUCCUGCUGUGUGCUGUCCUGCUGUCCUGCUGUGUGCUGUCCUGCUGUCCUGCUGUGUGCUGUCCUGCUGUCCUGCUGUCCUGCUGUCCUGCUGUCCUGCUGUCCUGCUGUGUGCUGUCCUGCUGUCCUGCUGUGUGCUGUCCUGCUGUCCUGCUGUCCUGCUGUCCUGCUGUCCUGCUGUGUGCUGUCCUGCUGUCCUGCUGUGUGCUGUCCUGCUGUCCUGCUGUCCUGCUGUCCUGCUGUCCUGCUGUCCUGCUGUCCUGCUGUGUGCUGUCCUGCUGUGUGCUGUCCUGCUGUCCUGCUGUCCUGCUGUCCUGCUGUCCUGCUGUCCUGCUGUCCUGCUGUCCUGCUGUACUGCUGUGUGCUGUCCUGCUGUCCUGCUGUGUGCUGUCCUGCUGUCCUGCUGUGUGCUGUCCUGCUGUCCUGCUGUCCUGCUGUCCUGCUGUCCUGCUGUCCUGCUGUCCUGCUGUCCUGCUGUGUGCUGUCCUUCUGUGUGCUGUCCUGCUGUGUGCUGUCCUGCUGUCCUGCUGUCCUGCUGUCCUGCUGUCCUGCUGUCCUGCUGUCCUGCUGUCCUGCUGUCCUGCUGUGAUUCUGUCCUGCUGUCCUGCUGUCCUGCUGUGUGCUGUGUGCUGUCCUGCUGUCCUGCUGUCCUGUUGUCCUGCUGUGUGCUG